CAUGUGGGGGACACAGUUGGAGCCUGCAAAUCAAGGCGGCAGCAACAUGAAUCAGCUGGGUGGGACGUUCCUCAACGGCAGACCCUUGCCGGAUGCCAAACGCAGAAAGAUGGUGGAACUGGCAUCGGAGGGGGUGCGUCCAAGUCAGAUUUCCAGGAUUCUGCGGGUGUCGACAGGGUGCGUGAGUAAAAUCCUCAGCCGCUACCGCCUCACUGGAGUAAUCCAGCCCAAGACUGUCGGGGGAAGCCGACCACGACUCCUCACGCCCGCCGUGGUGGCUGCCAUUGUUCAACUCAAGCGAGAAGACCCGUCUGUUUUUGGAUGGGAAAUUCGGAAACGCCUGUUAGCUGGACGCAGCUGCCAAGCUUCAAAAGUUCCCAGCGUGUCAUCUAUAAACAGGAUUAUAAGGAGAAUCCCAUUGGAUUUAGGACCAAUGACUAACAUGCACGCUCGGCCUGAGCACAGUUUUUACACCACAACAGAAGAAGCAGUCACUUUGACCAGACCCAAAGGUUCUCAUCAGAGAAUCCGGACCACCUUCACUUCAGAGCAGAGCACAGUCUUGGAAACAGAGUUUUCCCUUAGUCCAUAUGCUGACAUGCACACGAGAGAAAAGCUCGCCUGCCGGAUCGGAAUUCCUGAGGACACCAUCAAGGUCUGGUUCUCAAACAGAAGAGCCAAGCGGAGGAGAGAAAUCCAACAAGGUUUUUUCAUCGACCCAAUGGAUGGCAAUGACGUUUAUUGCAGUCAAUGGCACUGA